UAAACUUGUAAUUAGUAAUUACUAAUUAGUCAGGCUGCGUAUACAAUACGUAUUCCACGGUUCUUAUAAGGGCGAUCCGGUAAAUGAGCAUCCUCACCGUCGCACGGCCGGUGACGUCGCAUAAUUGCCUUUCUCUAUUUCCGUUGGCUACUUUAGCUUAUUUCGCACCUUCCGCCAUCGCGCGAGUUGGCCACCGCGUGAGCGACAGAGAUCGGAGUUUGCGCCACUGCCCGAUAUCCCUACGUACUCUGCUCUUCUUCAUCUGCUUCGCAAAGCCCCCAGAUCAGUUCCAGCAUCCAAUCAGCGCGGCGGCUCCCCUGAAGCUGUUCUAUUUAACUCAUUAGGGUUUUCUUUCAUGAUCGGAUUCGUCUGCAAUAGUCCCGGCUCACUCCAGUUUAGCAGACGGACGAGCUUUCGGCGCCCUAGUUUGUUUCUCCUGCUCCGAAGUUAAAAUAAUCGGAGAUGGAUUUGGACGCUCACGGCGGGAAUAAAGGCGUCUUCCACCGGCUAAGCGGCGGCGGAGGAGGACCGCGGGGGAACCACAACGACUCCAACAAGAACCAGAAAGUCUGCUUCCAUUGGCGGGCGGGCAAGUGCAACCGCUUCCCCUGCCCAUUCCUCCACCGGGAAUUGCCGCCACCGAACUCCUCUGCCAGUGCUUCUAACGGCAGCCAUCCUGCCAAGCGCGGGUUCUCCAACGAUUCCGGGUUUUCGGGCCCUCCCGCCGCCCGAAGAACCCCGAACUUCAAUAGUUCGUCGACUUGGGGGCGGACUGGGAAUAAUAGAGUGGUCAAGAAGACGGAUAAAUUGUGUAAUUACUGGAUACAAGGGAACUGUACUUUUGGGGAGGGCUGCAGGUAUUUACAUAGUUGGAGUUCAGGCGAUAGUUUCUCUUUGUUGACGCAACUUGAAGGAGGCCACCAAAAGGUUGUCAGUGGGAUUGCUUUGCCAUCUGGGUCUGAUAAGCUUUACACGGGGAGCCAAGAUGAAACUGUCAGGAUUUGGGAUUGCCAAUCCGGCCAGUGCAUGGGAGUUAUCAAUCUGGGUGGUGAAGUAGGUUGUAUGAUCACCGAAGGUCCAUGGAUUUUUGUCGGUAUCCCAAAUCUUGUGAAGGCAUGGAACUUGCAGACCAACGCUGACCUAAGUCUUAGUGGGCCUGUUGGACAAGUUUAUGCUAUGGUUGUGGGUAGUGACUUGCUAUUUGCUGGCACCCAGGAUUCAGAAAUCUUGGCAUGGAGAUAUAAUGCAGCCACAAGCAUCUUUGAGCCAGCUGCAUCACUUAAGGGCCAUUCGUUAGCUGUUGUCUCAUUAGUUGUUGGAGCUAACAGACUCUUCUCCGGUUCCAUGGACAAUUCUAUAAAGGUCUGGAACCUUGAAAAUUUGCAGUGCGUACAAACCUUGACCGGGCAUACUUCAGUGGUCAUGUCUGUUCUUUGCUGGGACCAGUUUCUUUUAUCUAGUUCAUUAGAUAAGACAAUAAAGGUCUGGGCCGCCACAGAAAGAGGGGAUCUGGAAGUAACAUACACACAUCAAGAAGAACAUACUUGCAUGAUACAGGGACUCCUUAAGCUAUGCGGGAUGCAUGAUUUGGAAGGCAAGCCAUUGUUGUUAUGCUCUUGUAAUGACAACUCAGUCCGGAUAUAUGACUUGCCAUCAUUUUCAGAGAGGGGCAAAAUUUUCUCUAAACAGGAGAUUCGAGCAAUUCAGGCCGGUCCAGGUGGCCUCUUCUUCACCGGUGACGGAACCGGACAAGUGAGAGUGUGGAAUUGUAAAGCUGAACAACCAACUCCAGCAACUUGAUGAUGUUGGCCUUACGUGUUUCGCCAGUGUCAUCAUAUAUUAUUCCUCAUCACUUCCAUCUUAUUUUUUCCCACCUUUUUUUGGUAAUAACGUGUAGGAGAAAAGUGGAUUGUAGAAACCUCAAUUUUUAAUCUUUUUGGUUUUCUUAGUAAGCAUUACACAGCCAUGAUGGUCAUUGUUGAGUGAGGCUUUCUGUAACGGACGGAGAUGGAAGAAGAAGAAAGAAACACUUGAAUCCAGAUGUAGCUUAGCCACCAUUUAACUUUUCUUUCUGGUUGACCUGAUCUGUAUGAAUAAGCUGAACGUUGAUAAGGAAGAGGAGGCUGAAUGGCAAAUUUGUAAGCGGGAAAGAUUAUUAUGCUUCAUGCUUGUAUUUUCUCC